GUGCCGGAGCCUAUUCUGGGCUAUCGACUGCAGGAUGGGCUAGCUUCUGAUGUUGCUGAAAGCUGGCGAGUUGAUGUGAAUUCGCAUUUUGUGCGGAAAUACUCGUACAAGGGAGCAGGCAGCAUGGUGGAUGCAACCCGCUUCCGCAUACCAUUCGACGGACUUACGUGGCCGGGAACGAUGUUCUUGACCAGCUACGUGCUGCAAGCGAGAGGCUGCAAGCCGGCUUUGCAAGCCGCUACCCUGGAUGCAUUAGAGACACUGCUGAGCAACACAAUGCCCGACAACCUGCAGCUCGCCCUCAUCCGCGGGAACCCCAACUGCCUGCUACAAGUGCAGAGAGGAUUCGUCAACUUGAACAAUUGGCAAAACUUCUUGGAGUUCACGGGGCUCCUUUCGAAGUGGCAGCAUUGCAAGUUGCUGAGCAAGGCAGAGCAAUCCGUCGAGACAGGUGUUAGACUUCAUGUGGCAACGUGGUUCAUUCUGAGAUGUGCUCACGCGGAGAAGUUUGAUAUGGCCAUCGACCGCUUCGUGGCUCGCAGCGGUGGCUUUGCCUCGGCUGCUUCAGAAACUACACUAGCCGAAGUGGGCUUAGAAGCCCUGGCUCCCUCGAACUACCAACGGACGACCUGCGAUUUUAUUCAUCGAUACCUGAAGAAAGCUGAAACCGAGGUUGGUGAGGCCCGGAAGGUUGAGCCAUCGUUGGAAUCAUUGACUACCAACUAG